GAUGCCGUAGGUUUAUUUCCAAAGAGAGUAAGAAAUACUUUUGUCGGCGAAAUUAAUAUAUUCACUAAGUUAGGCUUUCACGUUCAAUGCAUUCCUUAUCAACGUCAAACACAGCUUCCAAACACAGAGGAAAAAGGAAGAGAGAUACUGAAGUGGCAGCGGUGAGAGAAUCCAACUGUGGUCUGUUUGUGUGUCGGUUGCUGAACAACGCAACACGAAAAGAGAUGUUCGAGAUGUUCCGUUUCCGGGGCUGCUGCCGUAGCAGAGCCGUGUGGGUGAGGCAGUCGCGCAAGCUUCUCAGGCAGGUGGAUGCCAGUGCUGGUCCUUUGUGUUUAAUUUCGCAGUCACCAUGAGGUCCAAGUGGAUCCCUUUAUCGGCAUUACUGCUGACAAAAGUCCCGGCAGCAGAUGCCCAAGUGACCGGACUGCUGGAUCCUCGGCUCUGCUACAUACUAGACGGGUUCCUAUUCUUAUACGCAAUCAUCGUCACGGCGAUGUUCUUUAAAGAGAAGCUGACGAAGCAAGUCCCAGAGACAAUACAGCAGGACAGCACCUAUUCUGGCAUCGACUACCUGAAAAAAGACCAACCCUACGACCAUCUGAAUAAGAGACGGGACCCAGAGAAGGGAGAGAGGGGUCAGCUCAACCGCAAAGUGCAGGAGAAUUCUGUCUAUACGGGUCUUCAACGUGAUAAGUUGAGCGAGCCGUACAGCGGUAUUCACAUCAAACCAGAGCAGCAGAGGAGGAAGGGGAAAGGAAACGAUGCCGUGUAUCAGGGACUGAGUUCGGCCACGAGGGACACGUACGACGCUCUGCAGAUGCAGACUCUUCACCCUCGCUAAGAAAACGAGAGCUCGUGAAAGAUACAUUUCGAGAGGGGACUCCACACGGGAACACCUGGAAAGAAAUGGGACGCGCUGUGUGUUCACAUCGUUACAUCGAGGGUUUCUUUUUAUUUCUUUUGUUUAAUAAAUGAUAACGGCUUUGGUUUAAUCAGCGUCUGACGCAAACACUUUGGAAGAUGGACGGUUGUUAACGGCUCUGAUCUCUAUGCAGUGCAAUACAGGUUACAAAAA